ACAAUCGUUCCAUCUAUUUGUCUUCUUGAACUUGGUCGGAUUCGCUUAACGUUUAUUCAACUUCAAAUCGAUUUCACCUGUUCGAUUUUCAGUCACGUUACAGUUCGCGCGCUGUCAGUCCAAUCGUCAUCCGUUGCAUUUGGCUUUUCCGUUAAGAACACUCAGCAGUUAAUCCAGUUGCCCGCUGUCCAUCACAACGCAACGAAUCGUCACGUUGUUGUCGUCGAUAUUAUCUCGUCAGUUAUUACACUUUGCACGUGUUCGGAUAAAUCAUGGCCUUGUCCACUUACCAAGUCCGCCACGAUUUAAACCAAAUUUUUAACUUGUGGUCGUCUGACGUUCAACGAAUUACUAAGUGUAGGAUUUUGAUAACCAACGUCAUUUCAAUAUGGUCGGCCAAUAUGAUAGAAAUAUUGAAAGUAAUCGUCGAAUUCCUUGCUAAGAAUAACGUCACCUUGUUCGUAUCCCGACAAAUCUUUUCCGAUUUAUGUAUGAAAAUUUUACCCUGGUUGCCUAAUCCACAGUCUAAACUAUUGGCUCAUUUCAUGCAGGAAAAAAUGAAAUCGAGAGAGGUUGAUUUUGAAUACCAUAUUUCUGUUAUCUGUCACCAUUUAUCAUACAUUUACGAGGGAGAGGAAAAUUGGAAGGAAGCAGCAUAUAUGCUUGCCAACAUCCCAAUGGAAUCGUAUUACAGAUUUUCUGUUGAUUAUGAACUGGAAUUAUACAUGAAAAUUGCACGUCUGUAUAUGGAAAGUAAUGAACCAUUGCUAGCAGGGCCUUUUGUAAAAAAAGCUUCAAUGACGCAAACUCUAACAUUAAAUAGAGAUCUUCAUUUAAAUUUUAAAAUUUGUGUUGCACGAAUGAUGGAUUUCCGUCUAAAAUUUAUUGAUGCUGCACAGCAAUAUUAUGAAUUAUCGCACUAUCCAUCAUUAAGUGAGAAUGAACGUAUGACAGCUGUGAAGAAUACGAUUGUCUGUACAAUUUUAUCAUUAACUGAUAACAUUCGAACUCAAUUGUUGAAAUCUUUGUUCAAAGAUGAAAGAUGUAAAGUGUACAUAAAAUUAUCAAUCCUUGAAAAACUGUGCGUAGAGCGUAUGAUCAAACCACGCGAAAUUGAACAAAUAGAAAAAAUGCUAUUGCCACAUCAGAGAGUGAAUACAAAUUAUGGUACUACCAUAUUGAUUGAAGCUAUAGCAGAACAUAAUAUUAAUUCGAUCAAAAAACUUUAUAAAUGUAUAAAAAUUGAGUCACUUGGCCAUUUAUUAGAACUAGAACCAGAAAUAGUCAAAAUAGUAGCAGGAAAAAUGAUAUCUGGAGGACGCAUUAAAGGCUCAAUUGACCAUACAAACGGUUUUGUAAAAUUUAAAAUGUGUCGAAUCCCAAACGAAUCAAAACAAUUUCAACAAAAGAAAAUUGAAUCUUUAAACAUUCAUUUAAAUCGUAUGAAAAAACUUAUACCGGUAAACGAAUCAGAACAAAAUGUUAGGAGUGGUCAUACACAUACAAAUACUUAAA